AUGGGUCCCCUUGUGGUGUUCAAGAAACGAUUCUGCUUCUCCGGUAUCGCCAUUCUCGCGGCCUUGCUCUUCCUCCUUUCCAUUGCCACAGUCCUGUCUCGACGACCAUCCUAUCUCGACCGCCUGCCAAACGUGCUGCCUUCCCUCGAGGACCAUUUGCCCAGCUUUGACGGCAAGGGCAAGCUUGGAAGCAGCAUCCUCAAUGCGGCUCCUGUGUCACCAAAAAACAGAGAGUGGAGGUUCGACCCCCUGCGCGACGCCAACAGCUACUCCCUCGAUUCCGAGCAGUGCAACAUGGCCUUUCCUGGUCUUUUUGUAGAGAUUGAGCGCGGAGUCGCUGCCCAGAAAGCGAUAGGGAACAUCACUCCCAAGCAACUCAACAUAAGUGAGCGCGGUAGGGGAGCGCUGCGAGGCUUGAUUGUCGACCAGCAGCUUUACAUUCUCCAGGAGACAAUCCUGGAAAACGAGUACGAUACCACGCGAGCAGUUGCCGUCUUGCACGCCAUCCACAGAGCCAUCAUAACGUCCCCUGAACCUCUACCCAACAUUGAGUUCGUCUUCACGGUGGCCGACGUGGUACCGGAUCCGGGGGGGAACAACUACCCCAUCUGGGGCCUCACACGCAAGGCUGAAGACGAGGAGAUAUGGCUCAUGGGCGACUUUGGCUACUGGAGCUGGCCAUUGGACCUCGUGGGAGCGUACGACGAGGUGCGACGAAAAGUCGCAGAGGCCGAGGUCAAGUUUGAACAGAAGACGAACAAGGCCGUCUGGAGAGGCGCCGUGGCCACCAACAGCCACCGAGAGGAGCUGAUCAACGUGACCAAGGACAAGGACUGGGCCGACGUCCGAGCGAUUGUGUGGGCAGGCAUCAGCGACCUCGUCUCGGAAGACCAAGAGAAGGCCUUGUCAAUGGCAGACCAUUGUAAAUACCAGUUUGUCAUCCACACUGAAGGGCAUAGCUAUUCUGGCCGGGGCAAGUAUCUCCAGAACUGCAACUCGGUUGUCAUAAUGCACAAGCGGAUGUGGAUCGAGCCGCACCACGCGCUGCUGGUUGCUGAUGGUCCCAAGCAGAACUUUGUCGAGGUGGCCGAGGACUUCUCCGACUUGGAAGCCAAGGUCACGGACCUGCUCGCCCACCCGGACCGGGCCAAGAAGAUUGCCCAAAACGGCGUCGACACAUUCAGGGACCGGUACUUGACGCCGGCAUCGCAGGCGUGCUACUGGCGCGAGCUGCUCCGGGGCUGGGCGUCGGUCAGUUUUGAGCCUCAACUCUGGAAUCUGGACCAGGAUGGCGUCAGAACCACGAUGCGUGGUGUGCCCUUUGAGACGUUUGUGUAG